AUGCCUCCUCCAACUGUCCUCGUCACGGGCGCCAACACGGGGCUAAGCCUCGAGGCGGCGCAGCACAUGGUUCGCCUCGGAGCCGAGGACAUCCUCCAGGAGCUGGCGCGUGAGGAUGUGGCGAGAAUGGUGGACAGGCAAGUCGUGUGCUUGGCUGGUUUGGCCGAGAGGCUAACGCAGCCACCAAACUCGCGCCGUAUCAUCUCUUCGACCAUCAACCCCGGCGCUGUCGUCACCGACAUAAUGCGAGAGUCGAAAGGCUUCUUCUCCGUCUAUGUCAAAGCCACGCAAGCGAUACUCAUGGGGACAGCCGAGGAGGGUUCAAGGACUUUAGUACAUGCGGCCAAGGGGUCUAGGGAAACAGACGGCCAGUAUCUGUGCGACUGCAAGCCCGCCGGGCCGGAAUUGAUUUCGCCAUUUGUCACGAGCGAGGAGGGAGUAGCAACACAGCGGAAGUUGUGGAAAGAACUGAUGGACAAGCUGGAGAGGAUCCAGCCUAGUAUAGCAAGAAACAUCUAAGCAUGGCAUGCCGACACCAGCGGUUAGAUUCGUAUGCUGCCAUUGGGACGUCUAUUCGCGGGAAGGAUCAAGACGUGCUACGUCACUUCUAGUUUUCCGUUCAUCAGACGUAUCAAACUUGUGCUUCGCACGCAGCUUAUUGGGAUGGGCCUCGCGCUCGCGUGGCUUCUCCCUCAUCUCCUCUCAG